AUGUCUGCUCCUCGCAGUGUCUUCCGCCCGUGCAUUGAUCUGCAUGAUGGACAAGUGAAACAGAUCGUUGGAGGAACUCUGUCGGAUAGUGACCCAAGCAAUCUCAAAGUCAACUUUGUCGCCAGCCAAUCGCCAGGGGAUUUUGCGCGAUUGUACAAGGAACAUGAUCUCAAAGGUGGACAUGUCAUCAAGCUGGGACCGAGGAACGAUGCAGCUGCGAAGGAGGCACUAGCAGCUUGGCCAGGUCGGUACACCGGUGGGAGUGUCCCAUGUUAUGUUCAUACUAAGCUGCGUACAGGAGGCCUUCAGAUAGGUGGCGGAAUAAACGAUCAAAAUGCUCAAGAAUGGUUAGAUGCGGGGGCUAGUAAGGUCAUAGUCACUUCGUAUCUCUUUCCGGGAGCGAAAUUUUCUCUCGAACGUCUGCAAAUGUUGUGCUCUGCGAUUGGAAAGGACAGACUCGUUGUGGAUAUAAGUUGUCGUCGCAAGGGUGAUAAAUGGUUGGUAGCUAUGAAUAAAUGGCAAGACAUCACGGAUAUGGAAGUGUGCAAAGAAUCUCUAGAUCUGUUAUCUGCAUACUGCAGUGAAUUUCUAGUUCAUGCAGCUGACGUGGAAGGUCUAUGUCAAGGGAUUGAUGAGGAUCUUGUUCGGAAGCUAGGAGAAUGGGUGAACAUACCGACGACAUAUGCUGGCGGCGCCAAAGAUAUCUCUGACUUGGACCUCGUCGAAAAGCUUUCUGUCGGGCGUGUAGACUUGACGUACGGAAGUUCGCUAGACAUCUUUGGAGGUACUCUUGUAAAGUUUAGAGACCUUAUUGGAAGAAAUACUUGACUUGUAUCGUUAUAUAAUAAAGGAUGUAAGAUACGGUGUAUAUGUGGUCGCAAUCCGGGCGAUGAUACGAUAAGAUAAGA